GCUUGGCGUGCCGGCGCCGAUGGGCCUCAUUCUUGGUGCCUUCAGCUUGUUCAUGCUAGUCCUGGUUUUCUUCCGUUCGCUGCCGACGUCGAGCGCUGUGACAGGCGGCCCGAAGGCGUCGGUGGACCUUUCGCCGCUGACGAAACAGAUCGAAGCGCUUCAGAGGAACGUUGCGCAGAUCUCCUCUGAUCUCCAGCGCAGUCAAAAAGAGGCAGCACAAGGUUUUGCAGAGAUGCGACAGGCGCAGCAGGACCGGAGAUCGAUGGACGAGGAGAUGCUCCUGGCGCUGAAGGACUUGCUUGAGAUUGCAGCAGGAGAGGUGGAUGGUGGCCAUGGCAACAAUGGAGUUGUCCCCAACGUGAACCAGGGCGUGCCCCACAACUCGGUGCACACCCUGAGGGCCGCACCAACUCCUUUGAAUCCAAACCUAAUCAAUGCCGAGCCCCCGGUGGUGCAAUUUCCCGUGCAGGCCCCCAUGCCUGUUCCCGUGCAGGCACCCGCGCCUGUUCCCGUGCAGGCCCCCAUGCCUGUUCCCGUGCAGGCUCCCGUGCCUGUUCCCGUGCAGGCCCCCAUGCCUGUUCCCGUGCAGGCUCCCGUGCCUGUUCCUGUGCAGGCCCCUGUGCCAGCCCAUGCCACGCCAGAGCCUGUGCCAGCACCCGCAUCGGGACUUUUCGGUGCCAAUUCUGGGGCAACUCCCGUGCCCACCACCCCUGAGAUGGCGAAUGCAAAGGACCCCUUUGCUGCAGCAAGGCAAACUACCCCAGAGCCUGUGCCAGCACCAGCCGUCACCACGCCGCUUUCAACCGCACCCGGGUUUUUCGGUGCGAAUUCUAUGGCGACUCCCGUGCCCACCACCCCUGAGAUGGCGAAUGCAAAG